CUGACAGACCUAGAAUAUGAAAAGUUAUCAGACAAAACAUUAGAUCACUUGAGUGAAGUUUUUGAGAACAUUUUUGAUUCUGGGGACUUCUCAGACAUCGAUAAUGACAUUACAUAUAGUAAUGGUGUCCUGACAGUGAAUCUUGGGCCUAAAUUAGGCACCUAUGUUAUCAAUAAGCAGACGCCUAACAAACAAAUAUGGCUGUCAUCCCCAGUUAGCGGUCCCAAGAGAUAUGAUUACAUGAAUGGUACGUGGUUAUACAAAUAUGACAGGAUGUCUCUGAAUCAACUUCUCCAUCAGGAAUUUUCAAAAAUGUUUAAAAAGGAUUUUAAACAAUUUUUCUUUGAUUUGAAUGAUAAUUAG